ACCGUCAGAUCACAACAUCCCAUUUCUUACAGAUUUCUUACAUAAUCCAUCUUGUUAACGUUUUCUGUUUAUUUUGGAAGAUGGAAGAGCAGAGUCUGCUGGAGAAAGUGAUUCUUCUGCUGCUUCAAAAUUACGGCAUCUACUGGGACGGAGAGUGAGGCGGUGACUUGGGGAAGAAAAAUUAAAAAAUCUGUAGGGAAAGAUGGAGGGAAAGAGAUCAGACUCACCAGAACCCAGCUGUGUGUCCAUGAAGAGUGACUGGUCAAAGGAUCCCAUAACUAACUUCAGAGACAGAGACACUUCUGAUCUGAGAAUGAUGGAGGGAAAGAGAUCAGACUCACCAGAACCCAGCUGUGUGUCCAUGAAGAGUGACUGGUCAAUGCAUCCCAUAAUUAACUUCAGCGACAAAGACACUACUGAUCUGAGACAACAAAAGAAGAAAUCAAACAUCAGCAGAAAUCAGUUGGACUCCAUAUUCAAGGAGCUGGAACAUAAAGUCAUCACUCUGAUAAAGAAUGAGAUGAAAAGGUUUAAGAAGCUCCUGAGUCCAGAUUACCCAGCAUGCUCUGGGAGGGAAGUGGAGGAUGAGGAGGAUCUGCACAGUGUCAGAGAGGGAGCGAUGAAGAUCACACUGCACGUCCUAAAGAACAUGAACCACACAGAUCUUGCUAACACCCUGCAGAACAGACUCACAUCUGUGUAUCAGCUGAAGCUGAAAUCCAAGUUAAAAGAGAAGUUUAAAAGAAUUAAUGAAGGAAUCUCACAACAUGGAAGCUCGGCACUUCUGAAUGAGAUCUACACAGAGCUCUACAUCACAGAGGGUUGGAGUGGAGACGUCAAUAAUGAACAUGAGGUGAGACAGAUUGAGACAGUGUCCAGGAGACCAGCGACACAGGAUAAACCCAUAAACUGUAAUGAUCUCUUUAAAGACAAGUCCAUCAGAACUGUGCUGACUAAAGGAAUAGCAGGAAUUGGAAAAACGGUCUCUGUGCAGAAGUUCAUUCUGAACUGGGCUGAAGGAAAAGCAAAUCAGGAUGUCACCUUCGUGUUCCCACUGCCCUUUAGAGAGCUGAAUCUGUUGAAGCAGCAAAAUCUCAGUCUGAUGAAUCUUCUUUAUCACUUUUUCCCAGAAAUAAGAAAACUAGAAUUAAUAAACUGUGAUUAUUACAAAAUCCUGUUCAUCUUUGAUGGUCUGGAUGAGUGUCGACUUCCUCUAAAUUUCCAGAACAAUGAGAUACUGCUUGAUGUGACAGAGUCAGCCUCACUGGAUGUUCUGCUUACAAACCUCAUCAAGGGGAAUCUGCUUCCCUCUGCUUUUUUCUGGAUAACCACAAGACCAGCAGCAGCCAAUCAGAUACCUUUUGAGUGUGUAGACCAGGUAACAGAGGUACGAGGCUUCAGCAAUCUUCAGAAAGAGGAGUAUUUCAGGAAGAGGAUCAGUGAUCAGAGCCUGGUUAAUAAAAUCAUCAUACACCUGAAGUCUUCAAGAAGCCUCUACAUCAUGUGCCACAUCCCAGUCUUCUGCUGGAUCUCAGCCAAUGUUCUAGAGAGAAUGUUGGGUAAAGCAGAGAGUGGAGAGAUACCCAAGACUCUGACUCAAAUGUUCACACACUUUCUGAUCUUUCAGAUCAAACACAAGGACCAAAAGUACCAUCAGAAAUAUGACUCUGGUCCUCAGCAGACCAGAGAGAGUAUCCUGGAACUGGGAAAACUGGCUUUCCAGCAGCUGGAGAAAGGAAACUUGAUCUUUUAUGAGGAAGACCUGGGAGAGUGUGGCAUUGAUGUCAGAGAUGUGUCAGUGUACUCAGGAGUGUGUACCCAGAUCUUCAGAGAGGAGUUUGGGCUUCACCUGAGGAAGUUGUUCAGCUUUGUACAUCUGAGUGUUCAGGAGUUUCUGGCCGCUUUAUAUGUAUUUUUCAGCUUUGUUUUUACAAAGACAAAUGUGCUUGUGGAGCAAAGCACUGGAAUUUUUAUUUCUUGCAGAAAUCCAACCAUUUCUGAUCUCCUCAGGAGUGCAGUGGACAAGGCCUUACAGAGUGAGACUGGACACCUGGACAUGUUCCUACGCUUCCUUCUGGGUCUCUCACUGCAGUCCAAUCAGACUCUCUUUCGAGACUUAAUGCUGCAGACAGGAAGUAGCUCUCACAGCAAACAGGAAACAGUGGAGUACAUCAAGGAGAAGAUCAGGGAGAAUUCAUCUCCAGAGAAAUCCAUCAAUCUGUUCCACUGUCUAAAUGAACUUAAUGAUCAUUCUCUAGUGCAGGAAGUACAAACUUACCUGAAAGGUGUAGGUUACAGAUGUCUCAGUGGAACCAGUCUCUCUCCUGCUCAGUGGUCAGCUCUGGUGAUUGUGUUACUGAGCUCAGAACAGGAACUGGAUGAGUUUGAUUUGAGGAAAUAUGAUCCAUCAGAUGAAUGUCUUCUGUGGCUGCUGCCAGUGGUCAAAGCCUCCAGAAAAGCUGAUCUGCGUGACUGUAAUCUGACAGAUGACAGCUGUAAAGUUCUGUCUUCGGUUCUCAGUUCAAACUCCUCUACACUGAGAGAACUGAACCUAAGCGGAAAUAAACUACAGGAUUCAGGAGUGAAGCUGAUCUCUGAUGGACUGAAGGAUCCACACUGUACACUGCAGAUAAUGAGUCUGUGUGUGUGUAGUCUGACAGAGGAAAGCUGUAGAGUUCUGUCCUCAGUUCUCACCUCAAACUCCUCCAAACUGAGAGAACUGAACCUGAGUGGAAAUAAACUGCAGGAUUCAGGAGUGAAGCUGCUCUCUGAAGGACUGCAGAAUCCACACUGUACACUGGAGAUAUUGAGUCUGCAUAACUGUAAACUGACAGAAGAAAGCUGUAGAGUCCUGUCCUCAGUUCUCAUCUCAAACUCCUCCAGACUGAGAGAACUGAACCUGAGUAACAAUAAACUGCAGGAUUCAGGAGUGAAGCUGAUCUGUGAUGGACUGAAGAAUCCACACUGUACACUUGAGAUACUGAGGAUGUCUCACUGCAGUAUUACAGGUGAAGGUUGUGUUGCUUUGGCUUUAGCUCUGAAGUCAAACUCCUCAUCACACCUGAAAGAACUGGAUCUGUAUGGUAAUAAUCCAGGAGAAUCAGGAGUGAAGCUGCUCAGUGAUCUACUGGAAGAUCCACGCUGUACACUGGAGAAACUAAACAUUAAGGAUCUAAAUUAUUCACAUUCAGAUGUAGAAGAGAACAGAAGACAAGACUAAACUAUUACAUAUUUUCUCCACUCAACUCCACCUUACUUCAGACUGUCAUUAGACUGUAUACAGUGUGGAAGGAAAGUUGCUAUAAUGUCUGUAAUCAAUAUAAUCGGUGAACACAGGUGUAGUGAUCUCUGUAAAAAAACAGACAGCUGUACUACAUGUAUCUCCUCAUAUCUCCAUGGGCCAGUUGUUCAAAAAGUUUAAUCUGGAUCAUAAUGAUCCGGAUUUGGAAAUCCCAUUUUUUCCUAUUCAGGAUCAGGUAAUCCGUCUUACUAUUAUGCCGGUUUUUCAAAGCAACAUUGGACUGGAUCAUCCUGAUCCAGAUACACAGUUUUCAAGAUUACCAAAUCCGGAUUACCUGUGCUCUAAGUGGGACAACAUAUCACAACGUGGGCUACCAGCUAUAGAAAGAACAGGUAGAAGAGCCAACAUGGGGUCACUGUAAGAGUUUUUUAUUUUGAGACAAAACACAAAAAUAACAAACAUCCACUUCCAUUCAUAAUUUCUUUUAUGACCCCUCAUCUGAGUCACAAAAAAAAACCAAAUAUACAUUAACAAAUACAUUGUGGAUAUUUUGAAAAUGUCUUAAAAAAUAAAAUGGCUAAAUGUCCAAUAGUUAACAAAAUAAUUUACUUUACUAUACUGAAUAGCUUAAUUGGUAGCCUAUGUCUACUAUAUCUACUUUAUCACUGUUACAACGGUUACACAAGCCAAGUGCAAAAUAUAGAUAAAAGUAUAUACACUAAAUGAUUCAAAUGUAUUAUUUGACCAAUUUUAAAGUUUUACAACAUUUUCCACCUGGAAUCCACCUUGAAAUCCUACCCCCUGUUGGGAUCAGGAUAAUCCUGUUUUUUUGGAUCAAAGUUAUUCAAAUCCUACUGACAAGUUUUGAACAACACAAACUGAAGGUUUGAUCCAGAUUAAAACUAGGAUCGGAUUCUGUAAUCUAAUCGGAUUUCAGAUUCCUUCUUUCCCUUUUGAACAACCCAUUUUCAAGAUUUGAUCCAAUCCGAUAGCCAAAAUCCGAUCAGCUUACCUUUGAACAACUGGCCCCAAAAGCUGUUUGUCAGCUCAUGUUAAAAAUGCUAUUAAUAUUUAAAAUGUCUGUUUCAUUAUUACUCUGAAAUGCAUGUCUUAUUUUAGCACUGUUCUUAAACUUGCCACUCUCUGUGUUUUCCAACAUAAUUAAAAUAAAGAAU